AAUGAUUCUUUGCCUAGUGUUGUUAAAUCUCUUUUACAAGACUUCAAGGACAUGUUUCCAGAGGACAUCCCUAAUGGUUUACCACCAAUAAGAGGAAUUGAGCAUCAGAUUGACUUCAUUCCAGUUCCAAUGCUACUUGUGCCUAAGAAGGAUGGGACUUGGCGUAUGUGCGUUGAUUGUCGCGCUGUCAACAAAAUCACUGUAAAGUCCUCGAAGAUGGCACACUUCAUUCCAUGUCAUAACACCGAUGAUGUAACCAAUAUUGUUGAUAUGUUCUUCAAGGAGGUUGUUUGUUUACAUGGUGUUCCAAGGACUAUUGUUUCUGAUUGCGAUGUUAAGUUCUUGAGUUUCUUUUGGAAGACCUUGUGGGGAAAGUUGGGAACUAAGCUAUUGUUUUCAACUACUUAUCAUCCACAAACUAAUGGACAAACAGAAGUGGUUAAUAGGAUGUUGUCAACCUUAUCGCGUUCUAUUAUUCAAAAAACCUUGAAGAAUUGGGAAGAAUGCUUGCUGCAUGUUGAAUUUGCUUAUAAUCAGAGCGUCCAUUUAGCAACUAAUUGUUCACCAUUUCAAGUUGUGUAUAGUUUUAAUCCACUCACCCCUUUGGAUUUAUUGCCAUUACCCAUUGAUGAACGAGCAAGUUUGGAUGGGAAAAAGAAAGCUGGAGUGGUUAAACAACUACAUGAGAGGGUGCGACAAAACAUAGAGCGACGAACUAAGCAAUAUGCAAAUCAAGCCAAUAAAGGGCGCAAGAAAGUUGUGCUUGAACCUGGAGAUUGGGUUUGGGUGCAUAUGCGGAAGGAGCGAUUCCCUGCACAAAGGCAUUCUAAGUUGCAACCAAGAGGUGACGAUUUGAGGACAAAUCCUUUUGAGGAAAGAAGGAAUGAUGGGAAUCAAGAUGACCCCACAUGUACCACGUCAAGAGUCCAUUACACAUUCCAAGAGGUCUAGUCACGAGAGUUAGGAAGAUGUGAGAAGCUUUAAAUGGCCUUAUUGAGCAGAUCUAGGUUGAUAACAACAUGCAACAAGUAAAUCGAAACUUGGAAG